UGCAGGAAUCAAACUGUCAUUGGAUUUUUUACAUGUAUUUUUAACUGCAUAAUGUGUGUGAUUUGGCUUUUCCUGUUGUUGGCGCUUCACAAUUCAGCUGAAUGUGUCCCGUCAAAACCAAAGAGAUCCGCCUUAAACCAGCUCACACGAUCUCUGCUGAGGAACUACAACAGUGGCGUCCGGCCCGUUCACAACUGGACUACAACUACCACAGUUUCCAUUGACCUCAUUUUGCAAUCUGUCCUGGACGUGGAUGGAAAGACCCAAACCGUAACUACAAGUAUUUGGUACAGACAGACCUGGACAGAUGAGUUCCUGGUGUGGGAUCCUGAUGACUUUGACGGCAUUACUGAAAUUUCACUGUCGUCCGACGCCAUAUGGGUGCCUGAUGUCAUCGUUACCGAAUUCGUGGAUGACGGGAAGUCUCCUCACAUCCCUUAUGUUUACGUGGACUCCAACGGGCUGGUGAAGAACUACCGGCCUGUGCAGGUGGUACUGGCCUGUGCACUGGACAUGUACGCCUUCCCCUUCGACAAGCAGAACUGCAGCCUCACCUUUCGCAGCUGGCUACACUCAGUGACUGAAGUGAACCUGUCGUGGAUGAGGGACACAGAGGCCAUAGCGCAGGACAAGAGACAGUUCAUGAACGAUGGAGAGUGGGAGCUGCUGGCUAUCCCCUCCCACUACAGACAAGUCCACUACGGAGACAGCCAGUACGCUCACAUACAGUUCCAUGUGCUGAUCCGCCGGCGCCCCCUGCUGUACGUGGUGGGCCUACUCAUCCCCAGUCUGUUCCUCAUGCUGGUAGAUGUGAUCAGCUUUUACCUCCCCCUGGGCAGUGACACACGCAUCGCCUUUAAGAUCAGUAUUCUGCUGGGCUACACCGUGUUCAGAGUCAACCUGACAGACGAGCUGCCAGCCUCUGCGCUUACCACUCCACUCAUAGGUGUGUACUUCGUGGUGUGCAUGGCUCUGCUCAUGCUUAGUCUGAUAAAGUCCAUUGUGGUGGUGAAGCUCCUGCACCACGGGGAGCAAGGGGUGAGGCAGAUGUCUGUGUCGGCCUGUCUGCUGCACACGUACGCCUCCUCACAUGUAAACGCAGAGACACCAGAAGACGCUCUCACCUCCAUCACUGCCCUGCCUACGGACGAGCUAGAGGAUGAGUUCUCUCUCAAGGGCUCGCUGGAGGAGGACCUGGCCUCUCUCUCCUCGCUGCAGGAUGCCCCCUCUGGUCUGGAGUGGUUACUGCAGGAGCUGGUAUCCCUGCGUGAGGGUCUGUCUGAGGAGGACAGUGAAGGCUCUGCGCAGGCUCAGUGGUUGUCCCUCUGUCUGAAGCUGGACGUGCUUCUCUUCAGGGUGUAUCUGCUGGUGUUAGGGGUGUACACGGGGACUCUGCUGCUGCUCUGGGCGAGCUGGAGCAGAGCAUGA